AACGUACAUCAGUCAUUCCACUUUUCUGAUCCAGCUGAAAAUUGUUAUUAAAAUUUAUCGUUUUAUUACUAUGUGCAUUAAAAUACUGUCAACACGGUAACUGCAUCAUCAUAUACUUGCGUAUGGUUAUCUAGUUUAAAUUGUUACAUGACACCGUGCAUAUCAAGAUUAUGACUCGAGGUGUUUUCUAUACUUUGCUUUUGGUUGUGCUGAAACAAGUCAUCUGUCAAUCUGAGACGUCAGCAGAUCAAUAUGAAGAGCGCGUACAAAGUCUAGCAAACGAAAUACAACGAGUCGUGGUAUCAGAAUCAACGAGAAUAGCGCUUGCAAAAGAUGCAAUGGGAGAAACUGUGAAUGAAGCCGUUGAAUCUAUCGAAAAAGAACUGGUAGAACUUCACGAGAUUGCAGAUGCUAUCAAAAGAAGGAGUCGUAACGAGUUUUGCUCACGAACUAUAACAUUGAUAAACAACAUCAGCGUUGAUUCUCUGAGAGCCUGUGACUACUCGUCAAAGUUUGAUGACCCAAACCGCAUGGUAGAAAAAGUUGCUAAAUUAUACUCGGUGUUGAACAGUGUGACGCAGGCUUGUGAGUUGGUGGAAAAUGAAGAGGCGGAUUGUAUAAAUCAGUUAUUGGUAGGGAUAGAACAUGCCACUCUUGGGCUUACAGAGCAAAUUAAAAAUGCAAUCGCGGGGAUCUCCAAGCUGUACUUAGAUUGCAUUCAAGCGAACCUUGCGGCUAUUGACGAGGUUCUAGAGAAUCUUGGACAUCGAGUACAACAAUGUGUUUAGGAUAAUGCUGUAUACUGAAUAUUGAUUUAGUCUCUAUAAUAAACUGAAGAUUAAACAAUACCGUGUAUCAAUUGCAAAUAUAAAUAAAAUUAAGAUAGAUCCCACGUACAUAUAUGAGACACAUUCCUAAGAAUAUAACGACAAUAAUUUAUUUAGAUGUUCAAACAGAGAGUCACAUCUACAAAC